AGCAAACGAGUUUGACUCAUCUGAUGAAGAGCCUAUUCAAGAUGAUCAGACACCAUUUCAGAUAUCAUGGUUGUAGGUUCAAGGAUGUUAGAAGAAAUCUUCAGAAAGAUAUAGAAGAAUUAAAGGGGUAUGGGACACAGGAUAUAUUUGUGCUCUGUACCAGAGGAGAACUCUCAAAAUAUCGGGUGCCAAACCUACUAAACUCCUACCAGCAGCAUGGGAUUAUUGUGCACCACCAUCCUAUUCCUGAUGGAGACACUCCUGACAUCGCCAACUGCUGUACCAUUCUGGAAGAACUAAGGGGCUGUCUGGAAAACAACCGGAAAACGUUAAUACACUGUUACGGAGGACUUGGACGCUCAUGUCUCAUAGCUGCAUGUCUUUUGCUUCAAUUAUCUGAUGCAAUGGAACCCCAAGAGGCAAUAGAGAGCCUCCGAGACUUAAGAGGAUCUGGGGCAAUACAGACAAUAAAGCAAUACAACUAUCUCCAUGACUUUCGAGAGAACCUGGCUGCACAUCUGUCAACAAAAGAUGCAAUAUUAAGAUCAGUAUCACGAUAA